AUGAAUAAUAUAUAAUAUUUCUGUGUGUAUCAGAGUAUUAAUUUUAUAAUAUACAAUAAACAUUAUCUUCUAUGGUUAUCAUUUUAUGUCUUGUGACGACCUUAUCUGCCGCUCAUUAGUCGAUUUUUCCCGCGUCGCUGCAAUACUGACGGCCGACUACAACAGUCGGCACUCGAUACCCACCAAACGAAUAGRAACUACGUUGCGCCGCCGCAAACACAAUAGUCAUAGUGAGCAACAGCGAGCGCGCGCGCGCAUGGUUUCUAUCGUCUAUCGAUCGUGUCUUGGCUCCGUGCGGUUAUCACCGUCCCGUUUGGGUCCGAGUACCGCGAAUCCUUCAUUCGUCGGAAAGCGCUCAAUUUACACAAUCACUGUGGCGUCGUUGGAUCUAGCAACACGUCCGGUCCAUCAGUCGUCGGAACGAUUCCAGCCGCAAUAACUAGUAACUACCGGCGUACCGUCUACACGCACGUACGGUCAGCUCUAAUCGGUAGCCGGGUUGCCGCUGGCCGCAAUGCUCUUCGCACUGGCCAAAACGCAGGGUGAUCGCCCAACGACGAUCACCACAGCCGCGAUGUCGGACAACAGCCCUCGGACGUCGGCCGUCCUUGCGCCCUCUGUGUUCCUGCCACACGCCGAGCCGUCCACGUCCCAGGGCGUCGGCGCCGCCCGCACAGACACAUCGACAGCCUCUGAUGCCGGCGACCACACCAACGGAGCCGGUAGUGUCGGUGAAUCUCGGGUCACAAAGGAUGACGACGACGACGACGACGACAUGUCGUCAGAAGACGAAUACGCAAGGUCCGGGUCUACAUUCACUGUUGCGUUGGGCACGUACUCUUUUGAGAGGAACUUGAUCGAAACUUUUAGUACUUCCCAAGUUGCCAGCAAACCUGUUAUAGAAUAUGUGAAUUUGAAAUUUGUUGAAAACAAUUUUAAAACAUCAGGGAAUCCACAAGCAUUUGAUAGAAAUGAUAUAAUGAGAGCUGAAAUGGAAUUUGAAUCGUUUGAAAUAUGGUUUUCACACGUGAAGGAAUAUGCUGUUGACAGAGAAUUUAUCAAAGAUCUUCGUCUACCAUUAUUUUGUCAUCUUUAUUUGGAUUUAUAUGCACCGGUUAAUCAUGCAUGCUUACAGGCAUUUUUGAACAAAUUUCGAUAUUUAUUUUCAAGUCAUGGAGGAAGUAUUUAUUUGGAAGAGUUAAGGAAUGUUACGAAUCUAUUAAAUUUAUCACCUCGCCUUGCAUAUUUCAGAAGAAACAAAUUCGUAUAUGGCGUYUCUCCUAAGUUUAUAAGCAAUCUAUACAGUUUUUUUAAUCUUAAUUAUAUGCUACAAACGAAUAAUAUCAAAAGAAAACAUCUGAAAUAUGCCAAAGAUCGUCCUUCAUCUUAUGAACGAGAAUCAAGAAAAAUUAAGAAAUUCUGCGCUGAAAAAGAUGAUGACACCAGUUUACAAAAGAGAUCUAUAAGUCAUCAAGAAAAUGGAAAAUUAUCUGAAGAAUCACUUAGAGAAGGACAGAGUUCGUCUAUGCAGAAAGAAGUUAAAGAAGAAGAAAGAAUAAUAUUACGGAUUUCAAGAAAGUUUAACAGAUUACACGUUAUUGCCAGUAAUGAGAAGAAAGAACCUAAUGAUCCUGAAAAUGAUGUGCAGGAGAAAUCAAACGAAGAACAAAUAUCAAAUGAUGGGAAAAAGUCUMGUAAGCACCGGAAAAAACAUAAAUCAAGGAACAAAAAAAAAUCCACCACUGAUAAUAAWAUUUGUUUGCAUGAAAGAUCUAAUGAAAUGUCAGAUAAUGAACAAUUGCGGAAGAAAAUUAAAUCAAGCGACAGAAAAAAUUCUACCAGUGAUCAAAACAGUCGUUUAUGUGAAGAAUCAUCUGAAAUAUCUGAUGAUGAUGAUGACAAAGAAAAAAGGUGCAGGAGGCAAAAGAAAAGUAGAAGAAGUAAAUCUACAAACGAUGAUAAUUAUAUGCAAAUGGGUGAAAGCUUAUUUGAAGUAUCUAAUAAUGAAGAAAAAAAGGAUAAAAGACAAAAGAAAAGUGUUAGAAGCAAAUCAGCAAAUGAUGAUAACACACAAAUGAAUGAAAGCUUAUCUGAAGUAUUUAAUGAAGAAAAUAAUGUAUAUAAACAACAAAAGAAAUGUGGCGAAGGCAAAUCUGUUAGUGACGAUAUUCAUAUGAGUGGAUUUUCUGAUGUGUCAGAUAUAUCAAGUGAUGAACAAAAAUUUCAAAAAGAAAAAAAGAAAAGAAAAUUAAGAAACAAGCAAAAAUCUGACUAUAAUAUUAAAGAUGACAGUAGUUUGUGUGGAAGCUUGUCUGAAGAUGAUGAAAGUCCUAAUAAAGAUAAAAAAAAUUAUAAAUCAAAUGACAGAAAAAAAUAUGAGCAUAUUGAUAAUGAUAGUAGUUUAAGUGAAUUAAUCAAUUGUAAAUUUAAGGAUUCUUUGGAGGACUCCAGUCUUUUGUCCUCAUCUAGUGAUGAAGAAGUUGUAAUGCGUAAAUACAUGAGAUAUAGUGACAAAUCAUAUCAACGUUUACGUUAUGAAACUUCAUAUAGUUUAAAGCACAUAAAAACUACUAAAAUCGAUUUGAGAGACAUUCAUGAUGAUUUGUAUCUGCGCUUAACUCGAAAAAUAAUUUUAAAAAACUGCAGCAAAUUAUCUUGUUCAAUUUUGACUUUUGAUCAAAAUUUGGUUGUUGCUGGUUCAAUAGAUUCUUUAAUUUAUUUAUGGGAGAGAAAAAAGGAAACGUCUGUAUCAGAACAUGAUGUUCUACAUAAUAUUGGAAAUAUAAAUCCCAGCAAUUUUUCAUCUUCAGCAGAAGGAAACAAUUUAGUUGAAUAUUUGGACAAAAAUAAAGCGUUUAUAUUACGUGGUCAUGGUGGACCUAUAUUUGAUUUAGCUGAAUUACCAUCGGCUAAAAUUCUGCUUAGUGCAUCUAAUGACAAAACCUACAGAGCUUGGGACAUGGUAUCUAAACAGUGUUUAGAAGUUUACAAUGAACAUGAACAUAGGAUAUGGUGUAUUGCUGCCUGUCCAUAUAGUUUGCAAGUGGCCACAGGAUCUAGUGAGGGCACUAGUUGUUUAUGGUUUUUGAACUAUAAAUGUCCGUUAAGAUUUUUUACGGGUCAUCUUGAUGAUAUUUUGGUUGUAAAAUUCCACCCUAAUCAAAUGUUCCUAGCUACUGGUUCAUCGGAUAAAACUAUUAGAGUGUUUGAGUUAACAACUGGUGAAUGUCAUAGAGUUUUAACUGGACACUCCAACUAUAUCACAUGUUUAGAAUUUAAUGCUCAAAAUCCUAAUUAUCUAGCAUCUGCUUCUGCUAGCGGAGAAAUAGUUGUUUGGGAUUUACCGACAUCUGAAAAAGUAUGGAGGAUUAAAGUUGGUAACAUGUUAUUUUCGGAUCUAGUGUGGUUAACUGAAGAUUUAUUAUUAGCUUCAUUGACUAGUGGUGUUGUUUUGAAAUGUGACACUAAACUGAAUUAUGUAGAUUCCUCCUGUAAAGUAAAAGGAUUUGAAACUCAAUAUGAUCGUCUCAUAUCCUUACAAAUAAUUGACAAUAUAGUUUAUACAAUAGGCAUUCCUGAUAAAUCAGGUGGUCUUAAACCACUAACUAAGAGAAACAGAGAGAAAGAUUCACAAAUGAAAAGUGAACAACAAAAAUCUCAAAAGGAACCUUCACUACUGUCAAAAUUAUUUUUCCCACAACAUAUUAUUGAUAACAAUGGAAGUUCAAUGAUACCUUUGCGUGGAUCGARUUCUACAAUACCAAGUAUUAAUUAUAAUUUUGAUUAUCAAAUAAAUAUCGAUGAUCAGUUUAAAAAAUCAAAAUUUCCAAAUUUUUUUGAUUUGAAUUUAAGAUCUUCACCAUUUAAUUUAACUGAUGAUGAAAUAUCUAAAUUAAGUUCCCAAUAUCAAUCAGAAAAUAUACGAUUAAUACCAGCAGUGUCUAUAACUAAUAAUCUUCAAAAUGCUUACCUAUUGCCUGUUCAACAAAAUAUUCGGACAAGUAGUUUACACCUUACAAAUGUACAGUUGCCAAGUACGAGUAAAUCACAAARAGUAAAUAAACCGCAAGGGCUAUCAAAAUCAAAAACAACAACAGCAAAACAAAAUAACUUUGGUAACAGUAGUUUAACAAUGCAUUCAAGUAUUCAACAUAUGCAAAUAAAAACCACUACAGUUCAAGAGCAGUUGCAUUUGGAUGAUCAUAUAGAAACUAAUAUGUCAAUCCAACAGUAUCUACAAACAACUAGCACAACUACUCACAAGCAGCAAACUUCAAACCUAUUACAUGUUACACGACCUGGAGUGAGCUCUCAAUUAAUUCAGAAUAGCAUUAUACAGCCAGAGCAGCAAGUACAGCUACAAAAUGACACCGGGAGUAAUAGUAAUGUAACUGGUACAAAUGUUCAACAGCAGCAGUUAUUACAGAAAUUACAAUCUAACACAAAUUUAACAAAAGGAAAUGCUCAACAGCAUUUAUCUCCACAAACAAAUUAUCGAUCGUCCAAUAUCAAUGUUACUAAACGUCCAUCUCCUAGACAAAGUCCAAAUAAAUUAUCUUCUUUGGAUGAAACAAGCACAAGUAAACAUACUCACAUGCAGUAAUGCUARUAAUAGGUUAUAUUCAAACUAUGCAAUGCUCCGAGAUAAAAUAUAAAAAUUCAACAUUCAUAACUAUUUACUACUUAUUUAGACAUAAGUUUUUUUUCAAAAUGUAAUU